ACGGGUCACGUGGCGCGGCGGGCGGGCGCCAUGGUGUUGUCCUGCUCCGCGUAUGGUUGUAAGAAUCGGUACGACAAGGAGCGGGGAGUCUCCUUCCACAGGUUUCCCCUGAAACGACCUGAGCUCUGCAAGAAGUGGGUGGCUGCAGUGAGGAGGCGGAACUUUACACCCACCAAAAACAGUAAUCUCUGCUCAGAACACUUCACAGUAGACUGUUUCAGAAAGAAUUGUAACAACAAAAUACUGGAGGAAAACGCUGUCCCUUCCAUAUUCUGCUUCACACGACCAAAACAACAAACAAAGAAAUUGGAAACGUUGACGCCAAGAGAACAAUCCAUAACAGAAGUAGAAGUUAAAGUAGAACCUGUACCAAAGCAGUCAUGUGAUCUAUCUGAACCAACACCACCAAGUGAUCUUCUGACUAUUUAUGACCAUAGCUACAGUGUUGGGGAUGCGCGUUUGCAAAAGAGAAGGAUUCAGCAGUUGGAAGAACAGAAUGAAAAAUUGAAAAAGAAACUGAAGUUCCUUCAACAGAAAUCUCGCCGCCAGGAGCAACAACUAGAGAGAAUGAAGAAGCUGCUGCAGGAGCUGAAUGUCCAAGAGAUGUUACCACAUCAAAGUGUGUGUUGUUACACGACGCCUUGUAUGAAAUAAUUGAUACAAUUAAAAAUUAUAUUUGUAUAGUG